CUUGAGCCUCUGUAGUAUACUGCAGAUUACUUGAAGCAAUUACUUGCCUCUUCAUAUUGCUGUUUUUUCUAUCCCUGAACUAUGGAGGCAUGAGGCUGCUCUUAAUGCUCUAGGAAUUAGUUGAGAUGCAUAUGUCUUGAUUAAAAUGCUGUCUUUGUUUGUCUUCUUUGGGCUGCUAACCUCUGCUUGAAGGUGGAAGGAGAGGAUUGGGCUGGUUAUUUAGGUCCAUUUUCUUGGCAGGAAGAUGGAGACAGCAAUGCUGAAUUUGCGGAAUCUAUUUGAUCAGCUUAUGCGCCAGGCCGAAGUUUUAAGUGAGGGAAACGAAUAUCAAUUUAUUCAGUUAGCAAAGAACUUUGAAGAGUUUCGGAGAAAGUGGCAGAAAACAGAGCAUGAGCUUGCCAAGUACAAGGAUCUUCUAAUGAAAACGGAAACUGAACGUAGUGCUCUGGAUGUGAAGCUGAAACACGCUCGCAAUCAAGUGGACGUGGAGAUCAAACGAAGGCAAAAAGCCGAAACAGACUGUGAGAAGUUGGAGCGGCAAAUACAACUGAUUCGAGAGCUGCUCAUGUGUGAUGCCUCUGGGAGUAUUCAGCUAAGUGAAGAACAGAAAUCUGCCCUUGCCUUUCUUAACAGGCCACAGGUUUCUGUAGGGGGUUCAGGUAACAAAAGGCUGUCUACAAUUGAUGAAUCUGGCUCAAUUCUGUCAGAUAUCAGCUUUGACAAGACUGAUGAGUCACUGGACUGGGAUUCCUCUGUGGUGAAAGCUGUUAGACUGAAAAAGAGAGAAAAGCGGCGCUCAUCCAGGCAGUUCAUUGAAGGCCCUCCAGGUCCUCUGAAGAAAACCCGAUCAAUUGGCUCCACAGUGGACCAGGGAAAUGAGUCCAUAGUAGCAAAGACAACUCUCACUGUCCCCAGUGAUGGUGGCCCAAUUGAAGCCAUUUCUACCAUCCAGACCGUGCCUUACAGCCUCAGAAGCCAGAGGAAAACUGGUACUUUACAGCCUUGGAACAGUGAGUCAAGCUUGGGCAGUAGGCAGCUAGAAUCCAAAUCGGAGAGCGAUGGCUCCAGCACUCCACAGAACAAUGCGGGAGUGAGGUUACAUGAGUUUGUGUCAAAGACGGUUAUCAAGCCGGAAUCAUGUGUUCCCUGUGGAAAGCGGAUAAAGUUUGGAAAACUGUCUCUAAAAUGCAGAGACUGCCGUGUGGUCACUCAUCCAGAGUGUCGGGAGCGCUGUCCCCUUCCCUGCAUCCCCACCUUGACAGGCACUCCUGUCAGAAUUGGAGAGGGGACCUUGAUGGACUUUGUUCCGACUACUCCUCCAAUGAUUCCUUCCAUCAUAGUGCACUGUGUUAAUGAGAUUGAGCAGCGAGGGCUACGUGAGAUGGGCCUUUACCGGAUAUCUGGCUGUGACAAGACAGUGAAGGAGCUGAAGGAGAAGUUCCUUAGAGCAAAGAAUGUUCCUUUGCUCAGUAAAGUGGAUGAUAUCCAUGCUAUCUGUGGCCUUCUGAAGGACUUUCUACGCAGCCUAAAAGAACCCCUUCUCACUUUCCGGUUAAACAAGACUUUUAUGGAAGCUGCAGAAAUCUUGGAUGAGGACAACAGUGUUGCUGCUAUGUACCAAGCGAUUGGUGAACUUCCUCAGGCCAACAGGGACACUCUAGCUUUCCUCAUGAUUCAUCUGCAGAGAGUGGCUCAGAGCCCAGAGACUAAAAUGGACAUUGCCAACUUAGCCAAAGUCUUUGGCCCUACAAUAGUCGCCCAUGCGGUGCCUGACCCUGACCCUAUGACACUCCUGCAGGACACGAAGCGGCAACCCAAGGUGGUGGAACGGCUUCUGCUGCUGCCAGUGGAGUACUGGAGCCAGUUCAUGAUAGUGGAGCAAGAAAACAUUGAUCCGACGCACAUAAUUGAGAACACGAAUGCCUACUCCACUCCACAGACACCAGAUGUUAAAGUGAGCAUACUUGGGCCCCUCACCACCCCUGAACAGCAGCUGUCCAAGACACCCUCGUCCAGCUCCCUGUCCCAGAAGGUCAAGUCAACCUUCAGCAAAACUACCCCUAAAUUUGGGAGCAAAAGCAAGUCGGCAACCCAGCUUGGCCGUCAAGGCAAUUUCUUUGCCUCUCCGAUGCUGAAGUGAAGUGGACCUGGGGCCUUCAGUGUCAUCGUAGUAUUUGCACACCAAUAUGCAUGAGUACAAUAAAAGUGAACUCCUCUGUGCAGCCCUUGGCAGCCUUGUGUAAUAAGAACUUUCUCCUUUUAUCUAUCAGCUUAACUGAGGCUUUUAAUGGGAUUUUUAUUGUGCAAUGUAUUUUAUCAAAUGCUAUACUACACGUAAUAUUGGUGAAGAGAGUAACUAGCAGGCUUUGUUCAACAUUUUAAUAAAAAAAAUGCUAGAAGAAUCACUUAUGUUUUUUAGUAGCACCUUGUCCUCUACCUCUUUGAAGUAGAACAUUUAUGGAAAGAUUUAAGUCUCCUGGAGCUCGAGGCUGCUCUUCACACCAGCAAAAGAGAAGCUGUACUUAUUUGGGAAAAUGUCUGUGUUCUGGAAGGCAGUGACCACUGAGCUCUUCCCCUCUCAUCUGUUUUUCAGUGAAAUCGGUGACAAUGGUCAUUUGACCACACUUUGCUCUUGGCAUCCAGUCUUCCACCAUGCACAGAAGUUUGCUCUGCUUCUUGACUUGUGCUGGUGCUUGUGUAGCCUCAAAUUCUAUGGGUGGUGAUGUUAUUGUUGUCUUGGGGGCAAGAGCUCUUUAGUUGCCACAGGGACUGUGACUUGUUCGAAAGGAGCUUUCACCAAUGUUGUGCUUCCCAGAAGAAAUCUUGUGGAGGACUGUCUUGGGAGGCAAGGCCAAAGGAUUCUUGGGCCCUCUAAAUAAAUUACUAGCGCUGUUUGUACUGGCAUGGGG